AUGGAAAGGAGCCUCCACCUCAAUGGACCACAAGAGGAUCUUUUUCGCCAAACUCUCAGCGCCUCGGCUAAGAGACUGGAGAGUACUUUCCGCCCUCCCGCCGCUAUCGAGCUGUCGCUGCCUGAGCCCCGCUCCCCGAUGGUUUGCUUCGAGCAAGCCGACGCCGACGCGGUGCAUCAGCAGCCAGGGGGAGAGGCCGGAGGGGGCAGCGGGCAGUACGCCGAGCACCAGGUCACCUCCUGCCGGGAGAGCAGCGGAGGCGACCAGAGCCCGGACGAGGACAGCGACGAGCGCUGCGAGCUGAUGCUGGGCAGGCAAGGGGGCACCGAGCGGGCCGGUUCUCUGACCAAAGGAGCCGGUGUGGCGGCGAGCAAGAAGAACAAGGAGCAGAGAGCCCUGAGGCUGAGCAUUAACGCCCGGGAGAGGAGGCGCAUGCACGACUUAAACGACGCGCUGGACGAGCUGAGGUCGGUGAUCCCUUACGCGCACAGCCCGUCCGUCAGGAAGCUCUCCAAGAUCGCCACGCUGCUCCUGGCCAAGAACUACAUCCUGAUGCAGGCUCAGGCACUGGAUGAGAUGAGGAGACUGGUGGCGUACCUGAACCAGGGCCAGAGCCUGCCGGCGGCAGCGCUACCGUCCUCCGCCGCUGCAGCCGCCCUCACCCCCAGCCUGGGCGCCUACGAGCAAGCGGCGGCUGGCGGCUACCCUUUCACUGCCAGCGGCUUAGUGGCGGCGACAGCGGCGGCGGCGGCGGCCAGCUGCCCCGACAAGUGCGUCACCAGUACAGCUCUUUACAGCACGUCCAGUCUCUGCAAACAGUGCAGCGACAAGCCUUAA